AUGAAGCCAGAAAUUAUGCUUUCAUGUGACACCGCUCUCGAGCGGCAACACGAAAGCCACGCUGACUCCGCUACACGUGGCACCAGCAAAACCGUUUCGGCACCUACUCUGAUACCCGAAGGUGAAUGUCAUGCGAUGUUGUUGAAAAUCAAGGAACAACGCCGGAUUGCCGAGUAUGCGCUGAGCUCUCUUGAGAAGGGAGAGCGGCAGAAUAUGGGCAGCCUCCCGGCAGUCAUGUCGGGUGACAAGGAAGAGUCAUUCCGUGCUACGAUUGACGCACAUAUACUGGAUGACAUAAAACAGGAGGCAGCGAAUAUUCACCCGGCGUACAACCGCGACGAGGACGACAACUACCCAAAUCAUUUCUGCUGCCCGAUAACUAUGAAGCCGCUUUGCCGACCUGUCGUGGUGAAGGCAUCCGGGCGGACGUACGAGAUGGAUGCAAUAGUGGCCUGGUUAACAAAAAACAGUGUAGAGCCCAUGACGCAACACACCCUCGAAGGACCUAUUGAAAGUCUCUACGUUUUCAACUACGCCCUCAAGGAAUCGAUGGACUUCUUCGAUGAAUACAAGAGAAAGCGCAUAGUCGCAAGGCGAAGAGCUCUCGUUGAUGCGACGAUUCGUGAUAUGUUCAUUUUUUCGCGGGAGAACAACCAACGCAGCUACACAGCCAUGGUAGAAAACGUUGCGGAGCGGGAAUAUUUGAAGCAAAUCAUUCAAAAUUACAAGGACGAAGAGCAUCGCUUGGGUUUCUCCUGCAUCCUCGGCAUUACAGAUUAG